AUGGAUGGCGGCUGCAGGUAGAUAUGUCUCAGUCGACCUCUAGCUCUCGUGACUGGAAGACCCCUCCCCCUCUUGUUUCGUCCAUCUACAGCCGAUGACGUAAGUGCGCAGUCGAAGCCAAUAUGACGACCCUCACCUUUGCAAAAAUAGUGGGCCUCAUUCCCUUGGCGAUGAUGCGUCUCCUGGUCCUGACGACGCUGAAGGAAGUCGGGAGGCAUGACUACGAUGCAUCGAAACUCCUGAUGCAGCAUUAUGACUUCGUGAUUGUCGGCGCAGGUUCGGCAGGUAGCGUGAUGGCCGCCCGUCUCUCGGAAGUAGCAGGAUGGAGGGUCCUGUUGCUCGAAGCAGGGGGGACGCCGCCUCCGGAGAGCCACGUCCCGGCCUUCAACGGCGCUCUGUACCGAGGGGAGGCCGACUGGAAUUUUAUCACGACGCCGCAGCGGUACUCCUCGGGCAGUUUUAUCGAUAAUGCCACGCUCUAUCCCCGAGGACGCACCUUGGGGGGAUCCUCAACUAUCAACUCCAUGAUAUACGUCCGAGGAAACAGACGGGACUUCGACCACUGGGAGGAAUUAGGGAAUCCUGGCUGGGACUUCAACACAGUGCUCAAGUACUUCAAGAAGUCGGAGGAUUUUCGGGGCUUCAAGAGGGCCGAUACAGACUAUUACCGUGGUUCCGGUGGACCCCAGACCGUGGAGCGUAAGCGCUGGAGCACACCUGUUCUCAAGGGUUUCCUGAAGGCUGGAAAACAACUCGGGUACGAUAUUAUUGAUCCCAACGCCGCUGAGCAAAUUGGUUUUUCCGAGAUCGACCUGACAGCGAGGAAUGGCCAGCGUUGGUCCACGGCCGAGGCUUAUAUCAAACCCGCGGCCAAGACGAGACCGAAUCUGCACGUCCUUGUAGAUGCGCGUGUAACACAGGUUCUUUUCGACAGCAACAGGAAAGCUACUGGAGUAAAAUUUUUACAUCAUGGAAAGGUGAAAACAGCUCUUGCAUCCCGAGAGGUGAUCAUGUCAGCAGGUGCGAUUGGGUCACCUCACUUGCUUCUGCUUUCGGGAGUCGGUCCAGCCCACCACCUGAAGGAACAUGGCAUCCCUGUGGUUGUAGAUCUCCACGGCGUUGGGCAGAACCUCCAAGAUCACCCUAAUGUACCUGGACUCGCUUGGACUGUCACCAAAGGUUCUUCGUUCAACUACUUGUCCCUCGCCAACCCCAAGCAUGUUUUGGAUUACGUCAAGGAUAGACAAGGACCCCUAUCCUCGCCCGUGGGUACAGAGGGAAACGCAUGGCCACCUUCCCCCAUUGGAGAUCCAUACUGGCCCGAGAUACAGCUGGCCUUCGUCUCAGGAACCCCGGCGACAGAUUACGGCCUCAUUGUCCCAGGAACCUUUCGAUUCAGGAAGGAGCUGUACCUGAAUUUCUACAAACCGAUCCUGGGUCAAGAAGGUUUCUCUCUCGUGCCCCUCAUUGCCCGCCCGAAGAGCAGGGGGUCGAUUACACUUCGGUCCCGCGACCCUUUGGACGAUCCGCUCAUUGAUACCAACUUCCUCGCUCAUCCUGACGAUGCUGCUGUUCUUGUUAGAGGAGUAAAAUUCGCGCUAAAAGUGGGAUCGGCGCCAGCAUUGAGGCAAGAACACGGGGCCAAAUUCCACGAUAAGGUGUUGCCAGAAUGCUCGUACAACAAACCAUUUUCUGACGCAUAUUGGGAGUGUUAUGUCCGUUAUUUCACCCACACUUCCUACCAUCCCGCUGGAACGUGUAAAAUGGGACCCGAAUCUGACCCUUAUAGCGUAGUGGAUCACAGACUUCGACUACGGGGCGUGACCGGACUUCGCGUCGUCGAUGCCUCUAUCAUGCCCCUGGUGGUGUCGGGAAACACCAACGCAGCCGCCAUCAUGAUUGGCGAGCGAGCUGCCGAUCUCGUGAAGGAAGAUUGGGGCAUUCCUGUCUAUGGAUAAGGGCAAGGGGACAUGUUAGGAUGAUGUGUCUAAGAAAUUCAGGUUGAUCGGAGGUUAGAGAAGAGUGGGAUGGCGUUUGUGUAUGGAUGAGGGCAAGAAUUAACAUCUAGAAGGAUAUAAAGUGGGUAGAUAUGUUAGGAUAAGGCUUUUCGCGACUGAAGGAGGUUGAAAACUGCAUAGAGGAGGGAGGAUUUCUUGUGUAUGAGUAAGGGCAAGGUAUAACAUCAAGGACAUUUAACUAGAUGGCCAUUUCGGGAUGAAGACUCAAAGGAAUAUAGCAAGCAGAAAAU